AAGAGAGCAGAAAGGAUGAAGAAGAGAGAAGCUGCGGUAAAAACUUGCAGCAAUGCUAGCCUCAACCUACCUAUCCCCUCCCUUCCUCCCCUUCCACCACCACACCGCCACCACCACCACGAGCGUGCACCUCCUCUCCGGCGACCCCAACCGCCGUGUCCGCCCACGGCACAUGUCAGGUCCCGUGCUUCUUAAAGCCAAGGCCGUCGACGGCGAUGGCGACGGCCGUGCCGACCUCCUCCUCCCCUCGCGUCGGCACGCCGUCCUCGGCGUGGCCAGGGUCCUCUUCGCGGCGGCGAACGAGCGGUCUCUCCGGUGCAUGAACCAGGCGGCGCUCGGUCGCAGCGUCACCGGCACGGUCGCCGGUGACUUGAUGGUGGGAGCCAUGGCGCACUCGUGGAGGGUGCUCGUGCAGGGGAUCACGUCGCUGGCGUUCUUCUGCGCGCGCGCCGACGAGUACGUCCGGCCGCCGCCGAGCCCACUGGUACUGACGGCGCACGACAAGCCGGCCGAGCAUCCUCAGCAGGUGCAUAUUUCAGUUGUGGGAACAAACAAGAUGAGGAUUUCAUGGGUGACGGACGACCGGAACGCGCCGUCGGUGGUGGAGUACGGCAAAUCUCCGGGGAACUACACGGCGUCGGCAUCAGGCGACAACGCGACGUACCGCUACUUCUUAUACAAGUCCGGCGCGAUCCACCACGUGACGAUCGGCCCUCUCGAGCCCAGCACGACCUACCACUACCGGUGCGGCAAGGCCGGCGACGAGUUCACCCUCCGGACCCCUCCGGCGUCCCUGCCCAUCGAGCUCGUCGUCAUCGGCGACCUCGGGCAGACCGAGUGGACGGCAUCCACUCUAUCGCACAUCGGCGGCGCGGACUACGACAUGCUGCUGCUCCCGGGGGACCUGUCGUACGCGGACACGCAGCAGCCGCUGUGGGACUCGUUCGGGCGGCUGGUCCAGCCGCUGGCGAGCGCGCGGCCAUGGAUGGUGACGGAGGGCAACCACGAGGUCGAGGCGCUCCCCGUGGUGGAGUUCGCGCCCUUCGUCGCCUACAACGCGCGGUGGCGCAUGCCGUACGAGGAGAGCGGCUCACGCUCCAACCUCUACUACUCCUUCGACGCGGCAGGCGGCGCGGCGCACGUCGUGAUGCUGGGUUCCUACGUGGAUUUCGAGGAAGGGUCGGAGCAGCACGCUUGGCUGGAGCGGGACCUCGCCGGCGUGGACCGUCGGAGGACGCCGUGGCUGAUCGUGCUGCUGCACGCGCCGUGGUACAACACCAACCAGGCGCACCAGGGCGAGGGCGAGGCGAUGCGCGCCGCCAUGGAGAGUCUCCUCUACGAGGCCCGCGUCGACGUCGUCUUCUCCGGACACGUCCACGCCUACGAGCGAUUCACGAGGGUCUAUGACAACGAGGCCGACAGCCGGGGCCCGAUGUACAUCACCAUUGGCGACGGUGGCAACAGGGAAGGUCUUGCCCUCAAGUUCAUCAAGGAUCACGAGGCGGCGCACCUGUCGAUGUUCCAGGAGGCGAGCUUCGGGCACGGGCGGUUGAGGAUCGUCAACGAGACGAGCGCCGUCUGGACAUGGCACCGCAACGAUGACGCGCAUGCAACCGUCCGCGACGAGGUCUGGCUGGAGAGCUUGGUGAGUCCAAAGUUGGUCAUGGCAACCGCCGGACGUCGCCUUGACGAGUUGUAGGAUGCUGCAGAUUUCGUCGACCAAGCAGCCCAAGGUCGGUCGUCCGCGCGUUCCAGCCCAGCUCCGCGGAUUUAGGGUGUGUUUCUUUUGGUUCUCCAAGUAGUCCCGCCAAAAUAUCGGUUGUCCAUUCAGUUUUGAUAGUUGUUUGAUUUAUAGUUAAAAUUUAGGCUGCCAACCCUUCUCACUCACGGAUUCUUGUCAAAUAAUUGAUCAAACGUGAGCUAAAGAUUAUCUUGAA